CCUCCAUGCCCUUGGAUAGUUGGAUCUCCUCCAUAAAUCCUUGCCAAAACUGCCGUUUCAUGUGCACCAGCCUUCUCUACCUUCUCAGCUUUAGUGUUCAACUACUCUUGGUUUCCUCAUCGAUACAUGCAUGGCUCGCCUCCUAGUUUUUCUUUCUUUCUUUUUGCUUGCAGUUGGAGCAUGUCAUGCUGCUUUGCCCGCAGAUCUCUACUGGAACGUAGUCUUUCCCAGCACUCCCAUGCCAAGUGCCAUCCGCGACGUGCUACGUCCUGAUGUGAUAGCUAAUGAAAAGAACGCUGCUGCGGAGCCCCAAGUCCAAGAUGACCCUGCCGCUGCCCUCUUCUUCAUAGAGAAGGACUUGCGCCCCGGAGCCAGGAUGACGUUGCACUUCACCCGAACCACCUCGGCCGCCAACUUUCUUCCUCGCAAAGCAGCUGACUCCAUCCCUUUCUCCUCCGCCAAGCUCCCGGCGGUCCUUGCCCGCCUCUCCAUCGACCCCAACUCCGAGAAAGCCCAGGCGAUGAAGAAGACCCUCCAAGAGUGCGAGGAGCAGGCCAUCGACGGGGAGACCAAGCGCUGCGCCACCUCGCUCGAGUCCAUGGUGGAAUUCAGCACGUCGAGCCUCGGGACUCAAGAUGUCCGGGCCCUGUCAACGACGGUGGAGAAGAAGAGCACGCCGAAGCAGCAGUACACCAUCGCCAGCGUACAGAAGGUGGCCGGGCCUACUCUGGUGGCCUGCCAUGCCGAGAGCUAUGCGUAUGCCGUGUUCCUCUGCCACACCACCGACGCUCGGGCAUACACGGUGUCGAUGGUGGGGAAGGACGGGACGAAGGUGGAGGCGGUGGCCGCAUGCCAUGCCGAUGCUGCAGCACUCAGCCCGAAGGCCUUCGAGGUGCUCAAGGUGAAGCCCGGCACUGUUCCGGUCUGCCACUUCCUGCCCCAGAACGACCUCGUCUGGGGACCCAACAAGUAGAGGGCAUGGCAGUCCUUUGGGUCGAUGAAGCUUUGGUGGCCUACACAAAGCUUCUGCGAUGGACAUCCAUGGCUAGCCUACACUAUUCCAGUAUUAUCCUUGCAUGCUUUUGUCUGGUGUGCUAUAAUAAUGAGGUCGCUGUCCUUGUUUAGUGGCACCUUCCUGAUGUUAUGGCGAUCUAAGCCAAAUAAGCUACUCUGUUCUCCGGUUAAAUCUCGUGCUUGUCCGAGUUUUUUUCA